AUGCACUUCACUGCCUUUCUUACCACAACCCUCGGCGCCCUGGUUGCGGCUGAUGGCACCACCAUUGUUCCCGAAUUUGCAGCCGAGUGGGCUACGGAUGUCACCAUCUUGCCAUAUGCCAGCACAGCUGCCAGCGUGGCUGGAAUAAAUGCGCUGUACACGACAUACCAAAUCAAAUGUUUGGACGACGCCCCCAAAGCAGAAUGCCAAAUUGAUACCCCGUGGACUCUCAUUGAGGGACCUGGAACCUACAGCUUGACUGGCGUCUAUACCCGUUGGGGUAGCGGCGACGUCGACCUUACUGCCACUCGGCAAAUCGACUGCACCUUCACUUCCAGCUCAUUGUCCGCGUCCUGCUCCGCUAGCUACAAAGCUACCGGUACAAUUGGGAGCAUUUCUUACUCGACUUCCACUUCCCUUUCCACGUCGCCUAUCCCGACAGACUCCAUUACCUACAUCGCUAUGCUUGUCACCGCGGGCGGCAAGUCUUUCACUGAACCGCAAGCCACGCAGACCCCCGGCGCCGCUUUCGCUGCUGCGAAGCCUUUGAUCACGGCCGCACCGCUGGGUGCUGUCGCCGCCGUGGCCAUCGCUGCGUUGUUCUGA